AUGUCGCACAAUUGGUGCACCACAUCUAAUCGACCUUCGCGCUACAUCGCGUUGGCUACGCGUCUUGACGGGAUAGCCAGAUACAACGAGAGCAGCAUCAUGAACAACGACGAGAUGGACGCGGCCCUGAUGGUGUUUGUGAACUGCCUUGGGGCGGUGAUAAUGGUCUCUGUGGUGGGCUUCCACUACCUCACGGCCAAGCCCAAGGACGCAGAUCUUUAAUCGAUAGAAGGUGUUGGGCAGGCAGCUGGUCUCGCGCUCUCGCUAGCAAAUGCAAGUCAAGUGUCGGCGAGGCUAAAACUCCACGCUAAUAACACUGACUCUGGACCUGCGCAAGAGGGCAAGCUCUUCGACACGGUCGGUAACUGGAUGUGCAGGGUGUUAUCGUGGGGCAGUAAUAUUCUGUCGACGGCUUUGUUUGGCAGUUGAUCUGCAUGCAUUAACGGAAUAUCUUGAUACUAUACAUCUGCUUCGCUUGUUGGUGUUGGUUCAUUCACCACUAGACCUGCC